AUGAAUAACGCUGCAGAAAUCCUAAAGUCAGUCCAGAUAGGUUUAGAUGUCUGCAUAUUUCUUCUCAACACUGAUCGUGGCCUACAAGCGACUGAGCUAUGUAAUGAAUGUACAACUUUACUUCAAAACCUUGACACUGGUAUUCAGCUUGAUGUCUACCAUGUAAUAUUCAAUGCUUACUACGCCAUCUCUGCCAUCUCUGGUUACGCAAAUGCAGAAAGAUAUACUAUCAAACUUCUUGAAACGCUCCUCAACGUUGGAAUACUAACAACACGACUGGGAGACAAAUAUGAAGCACAAAGCCGGUUUGUAGAGGCAAAGGAACUUUUUGAAAGCGCUCUCACCAUCUGGAAAACGAUUGGUCACAGAGAAGUAGAAGCUGUGGCUCAUGGAAGACUUGGAGAUGUAUGUUAUUUCCUAAGUGAAAUGCAGAACGCAGAAAAAUACCACCAGAUAGCACUCGCCGUCGCGAUAGAAAUUGGCGACAAACAACGACAAGCAAAAAGUACCGGAAACCUCGGAGUUGUGUUUGAUUCCCUUGGCAAAUAUCAGAAGGCUAGAGAAUAUCACGAGAAAGCACUCGCCAUCGCGAUAGAAAUUGGUGACAGAAAAGGAGAAGGAAAUAGAUACGGGAACCUUGGAGCUGUGUUUCAUUCCCUUGGCGAAUAUCAGAGGGCUAAAGAAUAUCACGAGAAAGCACUUACCAUCGCGAUAGAAAUUGGCGACAGACAACGAGAAGCAACAAGUAGCGGAAAUCUCGGAGCUGUGUUUUAUUCCCUUGGCAAAUAUCAGAAGGCUAGAGAAUAUCACGAGAAAGCACUUGCUAUCGCGAUAGAAAUUGGUGACAGACGAGGAGAAGGAACAAGCAACGGGAACCUCGGAGUUGUGUUUGAUUCCCGUGGCGAAUACCAGAAGGCUAAAGAAUAUCACGAGAAAGCACUUACCAUCGCGAUAGAAAUUGGCGACAGACAACGAGAAGCAACAAGUAGCGGAAAUCUCGGAGCUGUGUUUUAUUCCCUUGGCAAAUAUCAGAAGGCUAUAGAAUAUCACGAGAAAGCACUUGCUAUCGCGAUAGAAAUUGGUGACAGACGAGGAGAAGGAACAAGCAACGGGAACCUCGGAGUUGUGUUUGAUUCCCGUGGCGAAUACCAGAAGGCUAUAAAAUAUUACGAGAAAGCACUUGCCAUCGUAACAGAAAUUGGCGACAGACGAGGAGAAGGAACAAUUAAUAGGAACCUCGGAGUUGUGUUUCAUUCCCUUGGCGAAUAUCAGGAGGCUAAAGAAUAUCACCAGAAAGCACUUGCCAUCGCGAUAGACACUGGCGACAAACAAGGAGAAGGAAUAAUCAACGGGAACCUCGGAACUGUGUUUCAUUCCCUUAGCGAAUGUCAGAAGGCUAAAGAAUAUCACGAGAAAGCACUUGCCAUCGCAAUAGAAAUUGGCGACAAACUAAGAGAAGGAAUAAGCAAUGGGAACCUUGGAGCUGUGUUUAAUUCCCUCGGCGAACAUCAGAAGGCUAAAGAAUAUCACGAGAAAGCACUUGCCAUCGCGAUAGAAAUUGGCGACAAACGAGGAGAAGGAACAAGCAACGGGAACCUCGGGGUUGUGUUUGAUUACCUCAGCGAAUAUCAGAAAGCUAAAGAAUAUCACGAGAAAGCACUUGCCAUCGUGAUAGAAAUUGGCGACAAAAAAGGAGAAGGAACAAGCUACGGGAACCUUGGAGCUGUGUUUGAUUCCCUCGGCGAACAUCAGAAGGCUAAAGUAUGUCACGAGAAAGCACUUGCCAUCGCGAUAGAAAUUAGAGACAGACGAGGAGAGGAAAAGAGCAACGAGAACCUCGGAGUAAUGUUUCAUUCCCUCGGCGAAUAUCAGAAGGCUAAAGAAUAUCACGAGAAAGCACUUACCAUCGCAAUAGAAAUUGGCCACAAACGAGGAGAAGGAGCAAGCAACGGGAACCUCGGGGUUGUGUUUAAUUCCCUCGGCGAAUAUCAGAAGGCUAAAGAAUAUCACGAGAAAGCACUUGCCAUCGCGAUAGAAAUUGGCGACAAAAAAGGAGAAGGAGCAAGCAACGGGAACCUCGGGGUUGUGUUUCAUUCCCUCGGCAAAUAUCAGAAGGCUAUAGAAUAUCACGAAAAAGCUCUUGCCAUCGCGAUAGAAAUUGACGACAAACGAGGAGAAGGAACGAGAAACGGGAACCUCGGAGCUGUGUUUGCUUCCCGUGGCGAAUAUCAGAAGGCUAAAGAAUAUUACGAGGAAGCACUUGCCAUCGCGAUAGAAAUUGGUGACAGACGAGGAGAAGGAACAAUGAACGGGAGCUUCGGGGCUGUGUUUCAUUCCCUUAGCGAAUAUCAGAAGGCUAAAGAAUAUCUCGAGAAAGCACUUGCCAUCGCGAUAGAAACUGGCGACAAACGAGGAGAAGGAAAUAUUAACGGGAACCUCGGAGCUGUGUUCCGAUCCAUCGGCGAAUAUCAGAAGGCCAAAGAAUAUCACAAGAAAGCACUUGCCAUCGCGAUAGAAAUUGGUGACAGAAUAGGAGAAGGUUCGUCAUACUCGAGUCUUGGAGAUCUUUAUUUUGAGCUUGGAAAAAAUCUGCAAGCUAAAGAACAUUUGGACAAAGCAGUCGGCGUCAGUUUAGCAAUUGGUAACAGAAAUCUAGAAGCCCAAGCUACUAAAUCUUUGGCAGCUGUCUUUGCUUCUGUGAAUGACCAUCAGAAGGCAAAAGAAUAUUGUGAGAAGGCGCUUAUCAUCAGCGGAGAAUGUGGCAAUAGAAAGCUCGACGCAGGAAUUUACCUAAGCCUUGGAAAUAUAUACCUGUUGCUUGGUGAAAGUGGCAAGGCAGAGGAUUACUUAGAGAAAGCUUGUUCCAUAAGCAGCCAACUUGGAGAUAAAAUGACUGAGUUUCAUAGCCUUCUAAGUAUUACACAGUUAAAGGUAUUACAGUCAGAGCUUGUAGAGGCAAACGAAUGUCUUCUUCAAUGUAUCGGAAAAUAUGAACAAAUCAGAAGUUUUCUGAAAGGAAUCAGUGAAUUUGAAAUUUCUUUGCUUGAGGACCAGGGUUCUUUUCCCUACCAGUUACUCACUAACUUGCUUUGUCGUACUGGAAAAUUUCGAAAUGCUCUCUAUGCUGAGGAGCUGGGACGAGCAAGAGUCCUCGCAGGAUUCAUGGCAGACAAGUACUCCCUCGAAAGCCACUUCACAGCUGAUCCACAAUCAUGGUUUGGGAUUGAAAACAUCGUGAAAAGAGAAAGUAACUGUGUUUUUUUGUAUGUUUCGUAUACAGAGCGGAAAGUUCUCCUCUGGGUAUUGAAAGGAAAUGGAGACAUUUUCUUUCGAGCAACAGAUCAAGUGGAAAUAGACAUUCUUAUUGCUGAGCAAGUCUGCGAUGUGGAAGGAGUUUUCAAAAAGAGCGCCGCCGGCUUUGGCGUUUUACCCGCAGCGAACUGCGAAGAUCGAUCUUUGAAUGACAACGUGACGACAUCUCUUCAUGAAGAGAGCCGGGCAAAUUUGCGAGGUGACGAAACUAAAGAUACCGAAAGAACUCAUCAAUUGUGCUACAAAUGGAUCGUCGCGCCUGUGGCAGAUUUACUUACUGAGCCUGAAAUCAUCAUUGUGCCCGAUCGAUUCUUGUACCGAGUCCCAUUUGCUGCCUUGCGUGAUGAAUCAGCCGGAAAGUAUUUAUCGGAGAAGUACAGAAUACGCAUCAUCCCUUCUCUGACGACUCUGCGGCUCAUCCAAGAAUGUCCCGCGGACUAUCACAGUCCAACUGGCGCACUGGUUGUGGGUGAUCCUACGGUUGGAAAAGUGCAUUACAAUGGUGUUGUCACCAACAUUACACCAUUGUUCCAUGCAAAUAAGGAAGCAGAGAUGGUUGGUCGACUGCUCGACGUUCAGCCUUUGUCAGGAAGUCGCGCGACAAAGCAGGCAGUACUUCAAGCGAUACCUUCAGUGAGUCUGAUACAUCUUGCUGCACAUGGAAAUGCCGAAAGAGGAGAGAUUGCUCUCUCCCCUCAAUCUACCACUGACGGUAUUCCCCAAGAAGAAGACUACUUCCUGACAAUGUCCGACAUUCAAGGAGUUCAAGUGCGAGCCAAACUGGUUGUACUCAGCUGUUGUCACAGUGGGCGGGGAUUGGUAAAAAAGGAAGGAAUUAUUGGAAUCGCUCGAGCUUUCUUAGCAUCCGGUGCACGUUCAGUGUUGGUAGCAUCGUGGGCUAUAGAAGACGAAGCAACGGCUAUGCUCAUGGAACAUUUCUAUGAACACCUUAGUCGUGGAGAAAGUGCCAGCGAAUCUCUUCAUCAGGCCGUUCAAUGGUUGAGAAGCAACGGCUUUCCCAAACCUUCCCAAUGGGCUCCGUUUGUGCUUAUGGGGGAUAACGUGACAUUUGAUUUUAUGAAAAAAGGGUAG